UCGUGAGAGUCCAUUGACAUCCGCGCCUAGAUCCAGCAAGAGGUUGACGCCUUUGAUAUUGUUCUUUUGGAUCGCCUGUGCUAACAAAGUGACGUUUCCCUCUUUGCUUGAUCCACCACUGACAAUGUUCAUGGCUUUGAGUGUGUCGCAAACUUCUGCAUAAUGCUUUUUGCGCCCUUCUUCGAGGCCUCUCUUAUAGCCUUCGCAAUUCAAGUGUGCCUGUGUUGGCUGUUUGGGCGCCCCGUUUUCAUGUUUGGACGACUGACGGACUGGCUGAGGCGGGCUGCGUGCCUCGCUCUUACCGAACUUCGACUUGGCGUCCAAAGCACGCGAAGAAUGCUGCUCAAUGGCAUCUCGGUCCGAGUUCUCAAAUCGUACACUUGAUCUGGAAAAUAGUCAGAAGUCAUAUCUCGGCAUAAUAAAUUCAAUUCG